AUGUCUGUUCACGCCAACGGAAAGACUCGCGCCCACGCGUUCAGUCAAUCCCCCUUUCGCUCUCGCAGUGACUUCCAGAAUGCCUGCCAGGCAUUUCUGGACCCUCUGACCCCCCACUUCACCCCCGGAGGCAGUCGCGUGAAGAUCGGGACUUCAACCACUCGAUUCGACGAAGGCGGCGCCCAGAUCGAGGGCUUUGCGCGCCCUCUCUGGGGGCUGGCUGCCCUACUGGGAGGAGGAUACAAAUAUUCAGAGGCAGCGCGCUGGCGAGAGGGUCUCAUCAAUGGCACCGAUCCACAGAGCCCCGAGUUCUGGGGCACAAUCGAAGAUUCCGACCAGCGCAUGGUGGAGAUGUGUCCCAUUGGAUUUACUCUCGCGGUGGCGCCUCAUGAGUUCUGGGAUCCCUUGACGGAUCAGCAGAGGGAGAAUGUUACGAAUUGGCUGGCUAGUAUUAAUGAUAAAGAGAUGCCGAAUACAAACUGGCUCUGGUUCCGAGUCUUCGCCAACCUGGGUCUUCGGAGGAACGGCGCAUCAUACUCUCUUGCGCGUAUUGAAGCGGACAUGGAUCACUUGGACACAUUUCACGUCGGAGGAGGUUGGAGCAACGACGGCCCCAAGAGCCAUCACCAGAUGGACUACUAUUCGGGCUCGUUUGCCAUCCAGUUCUUACAACUGCUGUAUGCCAAAUUGGCGGCGGAUUUUGACGAACCCCGAGCUGAGCGGUACAAGGAGCGUGCCAGGAAUUUUGCCCAGGAUUUCGUGCAUUACUUUGACCCGGACGGCAGUGCCAUUCCCUUCGGACGAUCGAUGACAUACCGCUUUGCCAUGGCCGGGUUCUGGGGUGCGCUUGGGUUCGCGGACGUCGAGCUCCCUGCUCCGCUGACCUGGGGCGUGGUCAAAGGUUUGCUGCUGCGACACUUUCGCUGGUGGGCGACCCAACGAGACAUUUUCAACAGCGAUGGAACACUCAAUCUCGGCUACUCCUACGCGAAUAUGUAUCUGACCGAGAACUACAACUCCCCCGGGUCGCCAUACUGGUGCUGUUUGUCUUUCGUGCCUCUCGUCCUCCCCGAAUCGCAUCCAUUUUGGACUGCCCAGGAAGAACCGUAUCCCAGUGCCUCCCUUCCGACCGUUGCGGCUCUGGAGUAUCCCAAGCACCUUGUGGUGCACCGCGGGGGACACUCCUUCUUGCUUUCGUCGGGACAGGCCUGUCACUAUCCCUUGAAAGCGACGCAAGCCAAGUACGGCAAAUUCGCCUACAGCGCAUCGUUCGGAUACUCCGUGCCCACCGGCGGGUAUCAACUCGAACAACACGCGCCCGACAGUAUGUUGGCCCUGUCCGAGGACGGCGGCGAUAUUUGGCAAACCCGACGACUUGCGCUGAAUGCUCGCAUUGAACGGCGAGGCGACAUCCCCAUUCUCGUCUCGGAGUGGAAGCCCUGGCCGGACGUCGAGGUCGAGACGUUCCUGAUUCCGCCGUCUGAUGAUAGUGAGAACUGGCAUAUUCGCGCCCAUCGCGUACGCACGGGGAGAGCACUCAUGACUUCAGAAGGCGCGUUCGCAAUUUAUGGUUGUCGCAAGGACAACGGUCGCAUCCUGGGACCAUUCACCGAACAGUCAGAGGAGGGAACCCUCCACGAGUCGCGACGCGCCCUCACAGUCUCGUCGGCCGGGGCCGUUGGAAUCGUCGAGCUCCAAGCCCAUGUGGAAAGAUCUGGACGAAUCGUGUUAGCCGAUCCCAACUCAAAUCUACUCCAUGGUCGUACGUUGCUCCCUUCGUUGGGAGCCAAUUUGCCGUCGGGGACUGACUGCUGGUUCGUGAGCGCGGUGUUCGCCAUGCCGGAAAAAGAGAAGAAUACGAACAGAUGGCAAGAAGGAUGGGACAAGCCACCAGUCAUUCCCCAGUGGUUGGCACAGCAGAUGACAGUCGGAUAA